AUGCAACUGACACUCUCUGCGGCUUUUACGCUCCUUACAUGUGCUAUCAGCACCGUCUCCGCCACGUUUGACCGAGGUCAUCACGUCCAUGUCGCCCGUGCCGCGUUUGGGUCCGAGCAUGUUGAACGCAGCCAUCACGGAAAGCGGUUCGAUCCCAACACCCAAGCCCUGACAAAGAUCGGCAUGUUCGACACUGUGACGGGAGCAAGCCUUGGUUUCCUCUCCAUCAAUGGUGACUAUAUCAGGAACGUGACCGCGACCGAGGCUACCCAGUGGCAAUACACCAAGCCUGCUAACCCUGGAGAUAAGUUUGACAUUGAGUAUCCAAUUGCGGGUGGUGCCUAUACUAGACAGCUCGUAAUUGCGACGAAGAACACCGCAACCGUCGGCUUGAACUCUCCUACUGCCGACGGGACCAAGAGAAGCGAUUUGUACGGUGUUGCUUGGCCCCUUCGCAGCCCGGCUGGAUCUGUCCCGAUUCAGGACGCGAUCCACGAGACGUGGUUCGAGAGCGCGGUCUGGACUCUUGCCGCUGACGGUACACUCUCGUGCACUUGGAUCAACCCAGACGGAACGCCGGUUCCUCUUAUUCCAUUCAUGGUCGUCGAGGCCCUCCACUUCUCGCCAAAUACUGACAUCUUGUACUCCUGGGGUGGCCCCUGGUUUGACUUGAAGCGUGUCACCCUCAAGUUUGUCAACUAG